AUGCCGCCGCGGAUAUCCACCGCUGUGUCAAGCAGCAUCUUCAACUUGACCAGUCUCCUCCAGAGCUUGCCCUCCGCGACACGGAGUCAAGCACUGACAAAGUGCUCAACAUGCCUCUUCUCAACCACAGCUCCACUCGAAGCAAAGCGCGCGAAGAAGCGAAAAGUCAGGAAACACCUUGACCCUUACCGCCUGGCUCAAGCACGGCAGCGCAAAUCAGCAAACUUAGCACGGCAAAGGAUUCUACAGGCCGAGCGCAAGCUGGAGGAGGGCGACCCUGUCAAGUCACGACCCACUCCAUUCAUCAACUCGCUACAGCCGAAUGCCCCGAUCGCAACGAUUCGAGAGUCCUACCUCAACUAUUUCCUCAAGCCAGAAGACGUGCAGAAGACGCUUGAGCACUCCAGGUGGCUCACGGAGCCGCUGCCAGAAUCUCACCGGCUCGUUGGAGCGGAAGAAAGACUCGCCCAAAGAAUACAAGAACACGCAGCUUCCCACGAGAAUGCUUCCAGAGCUUUGAUGGCCAUCGCCUCGCUGGAAAACGCAAGCAGCAAGAAUCGGACUCAGAUCAACAUCCAGAGGUGCAUUGAGGAGUUCGGCCGGCACAACACCGACGGGGUGUUAGCACCGCGGCUCCAAAGCAAGGAGGCCGUAAAAAAUGGGAAUGCAGGUGCGGAGGCCACUGCCACUGCUAAGAGGAUUGGAGCAGAUACUGGGUCCUCGGAAGUCCAGAUUGCGAUUUUGACGGCGAAGAUCAAUAUCCUGGCGAACAACCUGAAGGCGAACAAGGACAAGAGCAACAAACGUCGACUGAGAAUGAUGGUCCACAAGAGACAGAAGUUGAUGGCGUAUCUUAGGAGGCAGGACAGAGGGGGCCCAAGAUGGCAGAAUGUUGUUGAGAAGCUGGGUCUCAACGACGCCAUGUGGAAAGGGGAGAUCAGCUUGUAA